AUGGUGACACUGCGCAGCGGCAGGAAGCGCGCCAGUGCCGAGGCGGCGCCCAAGGCGGAGCCGGUCAAGAGGAGUCGACGCAGGGGCGGCGCCAAGGCCACCGCGCAGCCCGGGUCCCCGGCGGAGGCGAACGCAGAUCCGCCCGCCAGCCCCGAGCCCGACCCGCUUGCCGAGGAGGAGAACAGGGCCCCCGGGAAUGACGCCGAGGCCUCCCCGCCGGCCAAGGGCCGCAGGAAGAAGGCCGCGGGGAGAAAGCCCGCGGCGCGUUCGCGGGGUAGGUCCCGAGGCCGGAAGGCCGAUGCCCAGAACAUGGAUGCCCAGCCCGAGGACGCCCAUGUCCAGGCCGAUGAUGAGGGAGAGGACAACGGCCCGGAGGCGGUGCACGGCGUUCUGAAGGAGUCGAACAGCGAGGGGAGGGGCCGGGGCGGCAGGCGCACUCGCUCUUCGGGCAGGGCGGAUGCCCCGCCUGAGCAGCGGGACGCCGUCGAGGCUGAAAUCAUCUGUUCGAAAUUGCCACCGAAAGACGAAGCGGCGGCCCUGCAGCCCGAAGAUGCGGCUCGGGAGGACGGGAGGGCGGUGGCCGGCAGGGCGCUGGCAGUGGCAAACAAGGCUGCGGAGAGGUGCCACAAAGCGGAGGCCAGCCUUGCCGUGGCUUUGGAAAAGAUCCAGCGUCUGGAGGAAAUGGAGAGGCAGCUCCAGGCCGACGUUGCCGGUGCCAAACAGGCUGAGGCGCUUGCGCUGCAGCAGGCAGCAGAAAAUGAAAACAAGUUGACACGAGCGGAGGCGCUGGCAAAUAAGCGCAGCGAAGAGUCAAAGACAAAAUGCAAUGGUGUGGAGGCACAGCUAGCCAAUGCAAAUGCGACGAUCAAGGAGCUGAAGAAAUCGAACAAGUCACUGGAAAAGGAUGCGAACGAGGCAAGAGAGGCGGAGGCAGCUGCACUAGAGGCUGCCCGUGAGAGGCUCAGUGAGGCAGACAGGCUGAAGGGAAAGUUUCAAGAAGAGAUGCAGGAGACAGAGAAGCGUAUGAGGAAUGCUGAGGUGGACUCCCAGAAGGCGAUCUCUCAGCUGCGGGCCGACCUGGAAGCUUCUCAGGAGGUGAGCAAGCAGCUGCACGAAAGGGUAGACACAUUGGAGAAGGAGCUGGAAGCACGGGAACAAAAGAGCGAGGAGAUAGCACAGGCGGAAAUUGAAGCAGCUCAGAAGGUGAUCUUGCAGUUGCGAGCUGACAAGGAAGCUUCGCAGAAGGUUACCUUGCAGCUGCAGGCCGACAAGGAAGCCGCACAGACGCUGAUCGAGCAGCUUAAGGAGACUGUGGACAAGCUGGGGGCAGAAAUUGAAAUCCGGGAUCGACAGAGUCUCGCUCGGCAGAGCCUUGCUGAGCAGAACGAGGCGAUGACUAAAGCCAUGGAUGAGGAAAGAAACUUGAAGAUCUCUCAAUUGGAGGGCCAGGUCAAAGAAGCACAUGCUGCCCUUGCGGAUGUUCGCACCCAGGCAGAAGCGAUGCGUGAGAGGGCGGAUCGGGAUUCGGAGCUACAGGAACGCAUUGCCACCUUGGAAGCUGACCUAGACGAGGCCAAGCAGGACCACGUGCGAGCGCUGCAGGACCUGGGCAACAACACUGACCUGGUGUCCCAUCUGCAAGCCCAAGUUCAAGACACCAUGGGCCGCAGUGCUGCCUUGGGCACGUGUGUGGACUGCGAGGCCAGCCGAGUAGCGGGCCUGCUGUCAGAAGUCGAUGACACGCUUGGCCGGCUGAACUGCGGCGAGGAGGCAGCUUGCCAGAUUGGCCAUCAAGCGCUUCGGCUGUGCACACACUGCUGUGCACAGAUUGCUAAUGCUGGUGCUGCCGCCAUCGCGAUGCAGUCACCUGCACCCUCCACACAGGACCAGGGGGUCAUGGACUGUGUCGAGGAUGAGCAGGUGGGCGCAGCACCAAGCCCAGGUCCACCACUGCAGAGCCCACCACUGGCCACAGCGCACACACCUGCCCCCACAGAGCCGAUCAACCCUGACUCCAAGACUGAGAGUGUGCCCCCAAGAUCCCGCUCCACCGUGGGCCACAAGAUUUUAAGUCCGAAUGAUGAGAGCCCUGGCAGUGUGGACAUGUUCUGUGCGCCAUCUCCCUCAUUAGAUGAAGGCCUAGGCCCAGCCAUAGAGACCUCAGACAGUGAGGGCUGUUUUGAGGCCUACGAUCAGCAAGAACCGCUUGCUGCCAUGGCUGUCACAGUAGCCAGCGAGCAAGCUCCCCUGGAGACCAUGGAGGAGGCCAUGCAGCUGUGUCGACCUCAGAGCAUCGAUUCUGUCAUGCCUGGAAGUUGUGGCUCCUUUCAAAGUGAAGAUGCUGAUGGGGAAAAACUUCCUCUGCCCGAGUCUGCUCCCCAGCCAGCUUCUGAGCCAUCGCCAUGUCCAUUUUUAAGGUCUCCCUCGUCAAUCGCUGCUGGCGCACCAAGCACCGAUCCACCGCGCCGUGAUAGCUUUGGGGUUGUUCGUGAAGCAUCCCUUCCUGGGCCCUUUGCUGCUGCAGCUUUGCAGAUGCCUCAAGGGGCGACGCCUGAGGUAGAAAUCCAGUGA